GGCCGCAAAUCCGGAAGUGGGGAACACAGGCGUUCAAUCUUGGAUUCAUGCUGGUAUCCGUUUUGCACUUUCUAUCUUUGCUCAAGAAUACAAAAUACUAUGAUUAAGACUUAAUAAGGUUUCGCCCUUAACGCACGUUAAAUCCAUGGAAAUUGACUACGACCUCAGUUGAAAAAUAACUGAGGAAAAAUUGGUACAACUAAAGCCAUGUGGAGAAAAAUAACCGCUCUGCAUAAAAACAAAACGAUUAAAUAUGGCAUCCCGAUGGUUCUGCUGGUUGUAGGAGGCUCCUUUGGACUUCGGGAAUUCACACAGAUUAGAUACGAUGAGCAAAAAAUAAAGAAGAAGCUGGACCCGGCACUGGAGGCCAGAGUGAAUGUCCAGAACCAGUCUACAAUCUUGAAUGAAGAAUUUGAGAAACUUAAGGGAUUGAAUAUAGAAGACUGGAAGAAUAUUCGAGGCCCACGGCCGUGGGAAGAUUCACGUGUUUACCAAGAAGAGCAGAGAGUCCGGUGAAGUAGGGAGCAGUAGAGGUUUCUCAGAGGGGCAGUUCCUGCAGAAGGACUCGGGGUUCUCAGACGUCAAGAGUACAGUGGUAUCUGCAGUGUACUGUAGUUUUCAGCUGAGUUCCGAUGACCUUAGGUGACUGGCUUAACAUAAGCACCUGUAAGGAUAAUUGGUGGUUUAUCAAAUGUGGUUGAUAUCCAUGUAUGUUUUAAAAUAAAAAAAAUAAUUAUUGGAAACCAAGAUAUAGCGAAGUUCAUCUAGAACAUAAGCAGUCUUGACCUUUAAUGACUGACUUGCUUGAACUGUCCAUUUUUUAUACAACCGUACCACUGUAUACCAUCAUCAAGAGUCGACAAAGGUUCACGCUAGAUACAUGUGUGCACUUCCGCUUAUCACUCAAACCAAAAUAUGUUGUUACGACUGUUUCGAGAUAAUCUAGGGAGCUCUCAAUGGCUGUGACAUAAAAUUAAUAGAGAAAGGAAAAACAAUCAAUCUGGUUUGCCUGACGUUAGAAGUGUGUGUGUGUCUAUAUAUAUAUUCCGUGGUCUUGCAACUCUUUUGGUGUUGCUGAGCUCACCGGUGCGAUCUUUCUUUUUAAGAAUGUUCCAAACAGUUGAUUUGGCUACACCUAAUGUAUUUGCCAUCUCUCUGAUGGGUUCGUUUUUAUUUUUCAGCCUAAUGAUGGCUUGCUUCACUGAGUUGCUUGAUAGUGACAGCUCUUUGCAUCUCACAUUGAGAGUUGACAGCAACAGAUUCCAAAUGCAAAUAGCACACUUGAACUCUAGACCUUUUAUCUGCUCCUUGUAAAUAAGAUAAUGAGAGAAUGACACACACCUGGCCAUGGAACAGCUGAGCACCCACUUGUCCCAUUACUUUUGGUCCCUUAAAAAGUGGGUGGCACAUACACAAACUGCUGUAAUUCCUACACCGUUCACUUGAUUUGUAUGUAAAUACCCUCAAAUUAAAGCUGAAAGUUUGCAGUUAAA